AUGGCAUCAUCCACACUCACACCUGUUGCCAUUGUGGGCUAUGCCUGCAAACUCNNCCCUGGCGACGUCUCAUCACCUGAUGAUCUUUGGGAGUUGUGCUCCCGAGGUCGUACUGGCUGGGGACCAAUUCCCUCCACACGCUACGCCAAAGAUGCAUACUACCAUCCUGCUCCCGGCAAGCAUGGAUGUAUCAACACAGAGGGUGGUUACUUCCUCAAAGAAGACCCUGCUCGUUUCGAUGCUCCUUUCUUCAACAUGACUAUCCAAGAGGCUACUGCACUCGACCCUCAACAGCGGCUCCUUCUUGAGUGCACCUUUGAAGCUUUCGAGGAUUCAGGUAUGACCAAGGAAGGAAUUGCAGGCAAAGACAUCGGUGUCUUUGUUGGUGGUUCUUUCGCAGACUAUGAGGUCAACAAUACCAGAGACAUCGAUACUGCACCUACAUACCAAGCCACUGGCUGUGCACCAGCAAUGCAAUCCAACCGGCUGUCAUACUACUUCGAUCUUCGCGGUCCAAGUAUGACUGUUGACACAGCAUGCUCGUCCUCACUCGUGGCUCUGCACAGCGCCAUGCAAAGUAUCCGCAAUGGUGAAUCCUCAUCGGCAGUCGUUGCUGCUGCUCAUCUCAACUUGACACCAGACUUCUUUUCUAACGGUUUGCAGNNAUUACUCAACGACACUGGCAAGACUUUCGCUUUCGACCACCGUGCAAUCUCCGGUUUUGCACGUGGCGAAGGUGCAGGCUCCAUGAUUUUGAAACGCCUUGAUGAUGCGAUUCGUGACGGCGAUGUUAUCCGUGCCGUUAUCCACAACUCUGGUGUCAACCAAGAUGGCAAGACCAACGGCAUCACAGUACCAAAUGGCCGUGCACAAUCAGAUCUAAUCAAACAGGUCUAUGCCAAGGCAGAACUCGAUCCAGCUGAAUGUGGUUUCNNCAGUGAGUGUCACGGAACAGGUACCAAGGUUGGUGACCCAAUUGAAGUUGCCGGCAUUCACGAAGCGUUGGGUGCUGGUCGGAGUCCCAGAAAUCCACUUUUCAUCGGCUCCGUGAAGAGUAACGUCGGCCAUCUCGAAGGCGCCAGUGGUAUAGUUUCGGUUAUCAAAGCCGCGAUGAUGCUGGAGAAGGGUAUGAUCCUGCCUAACGCGAACUUCGAAACGGCAAACCCAAACAUUCCGCUUGACCAAUACAACAUGAAGUACGUCUCGGUUUCUAACUACGGCUUCGGUGGCGCCAACGCCCAUGUCGUCUUGGGCGCUGCCCCCAAGGGACUCAAAACUACAAUGACCACCAUCCGAUUUCUUGAUCAUGCACCCGAGGAGCCUCUGUGCAAGCUGUUCGUUCUCUCUGCUCAUGACUCCCAAGCUCUGCAGAAGAAAAUCACCGAUCUUGGUGUGUUCCUAGAACAACGUCCAGAGGUCUUCGAGAAGCUACUUGCAGGCAAUGUAGCUUACACUCUCGGCGAGAGACGUUCUCACUUGCCUUGCAGACUUGCGAUUGCGGCAACCUCCUCUGAUGAGCUAGGCCAGAGUCUCGCAACCACGAAAGUUCCUACUUUCCGAGCUCGCAACGAACCCACGCUCGGCUUUGUCUUUACCGGGCAAGGAGCACAGUGGGCUACCAUGGGAGCCGAGCUGGCUCGUGACUACCCGAUCUUCGCUGCUGCGCUGAACACUGCAGAUGACACAUUGAAGGCCCUUGGAGCCGACUUCUCUUUGAAAGAAGAGAUGCUGAAGCCCGCAGACACCUCGCUCAUCAAUGCUGCUCAUAUAAGUCAGCCUGCUUGUACCGCACUCCAGAUUGCUCUCACUAUGCUUCUGAGCUCUUGGGGCAUUCACCCUGCUGCUGUGGUGGGCCACUCAUCCGGCGAGAUCGGCUGCGCUUUCGCUGCUGGCAUCAUUGGUCUCGAAGACGCGAUGAAAAUCGCUUAUUACAGAGGCCAAUGUAUGCUUAGUCUCAAGAAAAAAGCUGUUGGCAAGCCACAAGGCACCAUGAUGGCGGUCGGUACCAGUGCUGAGAACGUCCGGCCUCUCAUUGACGCUGUGAUUAAAGGUUAUGUCACUGUGGCUUGCAUCAACAGUCCUUCUUCGGUGACUCUAUCUGGUGAUGUCGAGGCUGUCGAAGAACUUCAGCCAAUCUUGACAGAGAAGAGCAUCUUCAACGGACAGCUGAAGGUCGGAGUCGCUUAUCACUCCGCACAUCUCGAGCCUGUUGCAGACGAGUACUUGAACUUGAUCAAGAACAUUCAACCUGCUAGCACAGCCACAGCGAUAUUCUACUCGUCUCUCCUUGGACGUGUCGCUGAAGCUUCUGAGCUUACACCCGAAUACUGGGUACAGAACUUGACCUCUCCCGUCAGAUUUUCUGAUGCUCUCACUGCCAUGGCAAAGGAGACCGGAUCCAAGAGCAUCGAUCAACUGGUAGAGCUUGGACCUCACUCAGCUCUGCAAGGUCCCAUCAGAGAUACUCUGGCUACUAUCGAUGCUGCAAAGGGCAAGAUGCAGUAUGUCUCUGUGCUUGCUAGAGGUCAGAAUGCCAGCGAGUGUGCUCUACGCAUGGCAGGUGCCCUUUAUAUGAAGGGGUUGCCACUGACUUUUGGCGAGAUCAACUUCCCUCGUACAAAAAGUGCCAACCAAAAACUUAUCACUGACCUUCCGAGAUACCCAUUCAACCACGAGACCAGAUACUGGCAUGAAUCUCGUCUCGCUCAAAAGCACUGUUUCAAAGAAGGUGGCCGCAAUGAUCUCCUGGGAUCGCUUGCUGAUUGGUCCAACGAUCUCGAGCCUACUUGGAGAAACAUCGUCAAACUGGAUGACUUGCCAUUCCUUCGCGGUCACAAGAUGCAGUCCAUGCCGGUCUUCCCUAUGGCAGGAUACAUGGGCAUGGCUCUCGAAGCAGCUGCUAGACGUGCGAAUUCUCGCGGCGUCCAAUUUGAUCGCUUUGAAAUCCGCGAGUUUGUCGUCAGUAGCGCAUUGGUCCUCAAUGAGGACACUGAUGUCGAGAUGACUAUCACUCUCAAGCCUUAUAAUGAAGGUCUCCGCGGCGCAGCAUCUGAUUUGUGGGACGACUUCAAGAUCUGCUCCUGGGAUGCAAAACGUGGUUGGCUACAGCACUGCCACGGCCUUGUCGGUGUCCGAAGCUCUCCAGCUGCCAACGCGGUUGAUGCACACAAGACUCAGAGCGCUUCCAAGGCAUUCGAGGCUCGUAAGUCAAGCAUCAUCAGUGCAUCUACCGACAACGUUGACGUCAAGGCUAUGUACGACACUCUUACUGCCAUCGGCGCUGGAUAUGGACCCGUGUUUACCGGUCUGGAGCCUUGUCAAGCAAGUGACACCACUGCUCACGCUGAGCUCAUUGUACCUGACACCAAAUCUCUGAUGCCCAAAGGCUAUGAGACUGAGCUGAUCGUUCAUCCCGCUCUUCUUGACCAAAUCAUCCAGAUCGUUUGGCCCAUAUUCGGUGCUGGUCGCCAAGGACUCGACACUCUCUACAUGCCCACAUUUGUCAAGAACUUCAGCAUCUCUCGCAACUUUGCUUCGGCCCUCGGCAACCGACUCGAAGUGUUUGGCUCAGGUAUUCCCAACAAGGAGGCUCCCGAGCCCACGAAGUUCGGUUUCUUCGUUGUGGAUUCUGCCAACACUAGCGAACCUCUUGUCCAGUUUGACGGGCUGAUCAUGACUCCUCUUCGUGAAUCCAGUGGAAGCUCUGGACCUCAAGCACGUGAGCUCUGUUACAAGAUUGACUGGCAAACAGUGUCAGACGAAGAGACUGGAUUGGAAAAAUCCUCAUCCGACGUUUCAGACACUCCGAUCAAAGCCGAUUCUCUUGUCAGCACGCCCUUCACAAGAGAGGAAGCUGUUUGUGUUGUCUACAGCGAAGCUAGUGAGAAAGAUCUGGCAGCCGAGCUAGCUGACACCGUCUGGAAAACAUCUGGCGUUCAAGCUGAGCUUCUCACACUUUCAAAGCUCGUACCUGCUGAUAAGCGAGUUAUCUUCGUGUCGACCGGCAAGAACGUUUUGAGUGGGGUUGACCAAGCGGUAUUUGACUCCCUGCGCCAAAUGUUGCUCUCUGCUCGUAGGGUCCUCUGGAUCUACAAGGAAGGCCCUGAUGCUGUUGAUGUUGACGGAAGCAUGAUCGUCGGUUUCGCUCGUGCAAUCCGCUCCGAAACUUCUGCCAACAUUGUCACUCUUGGUCUGCAACAGGCCUCUGACAACAACUUGGUUGAGAACAUCUUCACUGUUCUCGCAAAGAUCAGUGCUGAAUCGACCUCAGCUUUUAAAGACGACAAGGAAUUCAUUCUCAAGGGCGAUACCCUGUUGGUACCUAAGGUGGUUGAUGACGAGGAGCUGAAUGUACGGCUCCACCAAGAGUCGCAAGACUCGGUCGUGUACCAGCAGCCUUUCGCACAGUCCGACCGUCGCCUCAAGAUGGUCAUUGCCACCCUUGGCUCUCUGGACUCGUUUUAUUUCGUUGACGAUGAACCCAAGCCACUGGGCGACAACGAAGUUGAAAUUGAAGUCAGGGCUACUGGCAUGAACUUCAAAGACGUGGUAGUCUCCAUGGGCCAACUUAACCAGCCAUACAUCGGUGUGGAGUGCGCUGGCAUCAUCGCAGCGAUUGGCAAGAAUGUCACAGAUGUCAAAAUCGGACAAUCUGUGAUGGCUAUGACGGAAGGUGCAUACAGCACCUACGCUCGCUGUUUGUCGACCAGCGUUGCCCCACUCCCUGAGAAGAUGGACUUCACCGCUGCAUCGACCAUUCCUGUUGUCUUUUGUACCGCCUACUAUGGUCUGUUCGACCUCGGUCGUCUCACUGAAGGUGAGAGUGUGCUCAUACAUGCCGCCGCUGGUGGUGUGGGCCAGGCUGCAAUCAUGUUGGCACAGACCUGUGGUGCCGAGAUCUUUGCCACUGUUGGCAGCCUUGACAAGAAGCAGCACAUCAUGAAGGAGUAUGGCAUCCCUGAAGAUCACAUCUUCUACAGUCGUGACACUACCUUCGGACCUGCCAUUCGUCAAGUCACUGGCGGAAAGGGUGUCGAUGUUGUACUCAACUCUCUUGGAGGUGACUUCCUGCGCGAGAGUUGGGAUUGCUUGGCUCCCUUUGGACGCUUCAUUGAGAUUGGCAAGGCAGACAUCACAAAGAACAGCAGACUCGAGAUGGCUCAGUUCGAGUACAACGUGUCUUUCGCCUCUGUUGAUUUGACCAAGGUAGCUGCAUACCGACCUAAGCUUAUGAAGAGACUCCUGAACGAUGUUGAGAAGCUCAUGAGCAGUGGCAGUAUCAGACCAGUCGGUCCAAUCACCAGCUAUGGUAUCAAUGAUGUUGAAGCUGCCUUCCGCAGUCUUCAGAGCGGCAAGAGUAUGGGCAAACUAGUCAUUGCUCCUCAACCUGGUGACCUGGUCCAAGCCAUUGCGCCUAAGAAGACCGCAACCCUUUUCAAGGAUCAUGCCUCAUACUUGAUUGUCGGAGGUACUGGUGGUCUCGGUUGCAGCAUUGCUAGAUGGAUGGCAUCUCGUGGUGCAAAGCAUAUCUGCUUGUCAUCCAGACGAGCUAACAUUACACCAAGACUGGAAGCACUUAUCAGCGAUCUUGCCAAACUCGGAACCAAAGUGUCUGUUCGCGCCUGCGAUGUCGCUAACGCCACUUCGGUCGAGACCUUGGUCGGAGACCUCAAUAAAGAGGCUCCAAUUCGCGGUGUCAUUCAAGGCGCUAUGGUUCUCAAGGAUGUCCUCUACGAACAGAUGACUUUGGAUGACUUCAGUGCAGUCGUCAACCCCAAGGUUACCGGCACCCUCAACUUGCACAACAGUCUCGGCACAUCCGAGCUCGACUUCUUCAUCGCUCUUUCCUCGGUCGCUGGUAUUGUUGGCAAUCGUGGUCAAGCGGCCUAUGCAGCUGCCAACGUCUUCCUAGACACUUUCAUGGCUCAUCGCAAUGCUCAAGGACUUCCUGGCACAUCUCUGGACCUCACUGCCGUCUCAGAUGUUGGCUACCUGGCCGACAACAGCGAAAGAGCAGCUGAUGUUCUCCGCAACCUGGGUGGCGAAACCAUCGAAGAGAGUGAAAUUCUUGGUCUACUCACUGCUGCCGUCACGGGCAAGAUCACCGCAAGCAACAACCAUGUCAUCACUGGUCUGAAGAUCAACCCUGGUUCGGAGCCCUUCUGGUGCCAUGAUGCCAAGUUCGGCAGUUUACUUGCUGCAGCUGCCUCGCAGAGCUCAGCAGAGGGCGGAAAUGCAAACGUACCUUUGCCUCAAGCUCUGAAGGGUGCCGCUGACGGCGAGAAGGCUUUGGAAGUCUUGUACGGUGCUCUUGUUACCAAGCUGGCCGCAGUCCUUAUGUUGUCCGUUGAGGAAAUGGAGCCAUCAGCCGCAGUCGCUUCAUACAGUUUGGACUCUCUCGCUGCCAUCGAGGUCCGCAACUGGAUUGCAAGAGAGGCUGAUGCGAAUGUUCAAGUAUUGGAGUUGCUCACCAGUCCCAGUCUGAUGGAGCUGGCGAAGUUGAUUUUGAAGAAGAGCAAAUUGGUUUCGUUUGAGUGA